AUGGAGUACCUCUUCGGUCGAAGAAAAACACCUGCUGAGCUUCUGCGACAAAAUCAGCGUGCACUAAACAAAGCAAUUCGAGAGCUCGACCGAGAGAAAUCGCGCAUGGAGAUGCAGGAGAAGAAAGUCAUUGCGGAAAUCAAAAAGAUGGCAAAGCAGAAUCAGAUGGAUUCAGUGAAAGUUAUGGCGAAAGACCUUGUACGCACUCGUCGUUACAUCAAGAAGUUCAUUAUCAUGAAGGCCAACAUCCAAGCUGUCUCACUCAAGGUUCAGACCCUAAAAAGUCAGGACGCUAUGGCACAGGCUAUGAAAGGAGUCACGAGAGCAAUGCAAUCAAUGAACCGACAACUGAAUCUCCCGCAAAUUCAGAAAAUCAUGAUGGAGUUUGAAAAGCAGAGCGAAAUUAUGGAUAUGAAAGAGGAAAUCAUGGGUGAUGCUAUCGACGAUGCUCUUGGCGAUGAGACCGACGAUGCCGAGAGUGAGCAGAUCGUCAAUCAGGUUUUGGAUGAACUCGGCAUUCAAAUCGGCGAGGAAAUGGCUGGUUUACCCACAGCAGGUGGGCAAAUUGGCGUCAGUACAGGCGAGAGGACCAAGCAACCUGUUGCUGCCGGAGGAGGCACUGACAUUGACGAUGAUUUACAAGCCCGUCUAGACCAGCUGCGACGGGAAUAA